AUGACAGAUACCGAUGGCUUGGAUGGGACCUUAGCAGAAUGGCAGAAAGACAUUAGGAGUAUUAAAAUGCCUGCUUGUUUCAACAAGAGGCCCCAAGCAGCUGGAGAGACUUUCCCUCACACCAAACAAGUUGGGACUUACCUAGUCGGCAAAAUGAUCAACAAGGGCUCCUUUGCCAAGGUGAUGGAGGGGCUGCACAUUCCCACAGGGGAGAAGGUAGCCAUAAAAGUCAUUGACAAGAAAAAAGCCAAGCAGGAUUCCUACAUUUUAAAAAAUAUGAAGCGGGAGCCACGGAUACAUCAGAUGAUCAAGCACCCCCAUGUUGUUCAGCUAUAUGAGACCUUGGAGACUGACAACUCCUAUUACAUGGUGAUGGAAUUGUGCCUUGGCGGGGACCUCAUGGACAGAAUCUGUGACCGAAAGAGGCUGGCGGAAAGGGAAGUUAGGAGGUACACCAGGCAAAUUCUGUCUGCAGUGGAGCAUCUCCACUGCCACGGGAUUGUUCACAGGGACCUAAAAAUUGAAAAUUUUCUCCUUGAUGAGAACAACAACAUCAAAAUUGUUGAUUUUGGACUAAGCAAUACUGCAAAGUUUGCGGGUCUCUCUCAGGAGCUGUUAAGCACACAGUGUGGAAGCCCAGCUUAUGCUGCCCCUGAGCUCCUUGCUCACAGAAAAUACGGUCCGAAGGUGGAUGUCUGGUCCAUAGGUGUUAGCAUGUUUGCUAUGCUAACUGGCACAUUACCCUUCAUAGUGGAACCUUUUAAUAUCAAGCAACUACAUCAAAAGAUGGUAAUUGGAGAAAUCAGUCCUAUUCCAUCAGAUAUCUCCCCCGGAGCUGUAAACUUCAUGCAGUCCUUACUUGAGCCUGACCCUGCCAAGAGACCUGAAGUGAAAGAAGCAAUGAAGGACACGUGGUUGAACGAAGGCUUCACCAGGAAAUCACCCUAUGUUGCUACCUAUAAGAACAGACUUUGCCCCAAUGAAUUAAAUCCUGUUGUUUUAAGCUACAUGACAGAAAUAAUGGCCUUCAGUCUUCCAGAAGUUAUCAAAAUUUUAAUAAACAACAGACCAUCUUCUGUCAUGGCAUCUUACUGCUUAUUGCUGAAGAAACUGCUCAGGUACCAGAGAGAACACAAAGCAGCCCAGAGGGAAAACAAGCUAGAAAAACACUAUGACAAUCCUGAUAAACACCUGAGUGAGGAGUCAGAAAUUCAGAUUUCCCAGAAGGCUGAAAUGAACAACCUGGGAUACCUUAGGAAUUGUGACAAUAAGACAUUUCCUUCUGUACUAAACCUGGCAAUGCCAGAUGCUAUUCAAGAAGAUGAAAUUUCAAUUACUUUGGAAAAUGAAGAAAACUUGCCUGAAGUGAACCUGAACAACUACUUGGUCUCUGCAUUUCAUAAUUCUCUGCGGAUAAACACGCGGCAGAGGAAAUGGUCAUACAGACACGCUCCAGGAACAGCUGGGAGCUCCUUUAGCGCCGUGGAAUCCCCCAAACGGUGGCCAGUUUUGCAAUGCCCUGAAUGCGACGGGAGCAACCGGGGGAGCCUCCGAGCAGCAGGACGUCGGCUGCGUGUGGCCAGGGCGCUGCUGUUCUCCAGGGAGGCGACAGCGGCAGCUACCGCUGUGCGAGCGCUGUAA